GGUAUUUAUGAUAAAGUCCCUAUAUCCCUAUGUCCAUGUGUUCAGGGCUGCGCGAUUCAUACGUAUUGUUGGAGUAGUGGAGUGUUUUUUAUUUAAAAACAGAUUAGACAUGGAACAGUCACGUGUUUUGUAUAACUCGUGUGUUAGAAAGUUGACAUGUAUCGUUUGAACUUAGUGCCGGUAGAUUUGUACGCUACUACACAAUUUUAAACCACUCAAAAUAUUUAUAAUACAUAUAUGUGUAUGUCAAACAGACUUGAAAUUUAUAUUUAAGCUAAAUUUUGGACUGCAGAAGUUUUUUGGGAUGACAAAAAACGUCUAUUGCGCAGCAAAAAUAAAUUAAAAUUAUACUCCAAAUUGACUUGAGAUCUGAUAAUGAUUUUACAAUGAAUGAAUAAUUUAAGUUUGUUACCAAAAGGUCAAAUGCGUAGCUUGUCAAGUAAAAGUGUAUUAUGGAUAAGCGAAAGAUUAAAUCAAAGUUUGGUUUAAUUAAAGGUACAAAUUCAUUGUUAAGCCAAUUAUCCUCAAAAAGUGAAGACUGCGUUGUAAGAACAAUAAGUUGCAAUGAUAAUUCUACUCCAAAUAAAAGAAAAAAAUCACAGCCGGAUACCAAAACAAUAAACAGUGACGAAGAACCAUUAUAUUCAACGGUAGUAAGUCCACCUCCUAAGAGAAAAAAAAGUCAAUUGGAUUUGACUCAACGAACACCCAAAGAACGUGAAAAAUCUAUACCCCGUACCUUAGGGAUAAGUGGUCCAUCCCAAAAAGAAAUUUGGCAUGAGACAAGUAUGCCCAGAGACAUGGAUAAAGAACCUAAUGAUUUAAAUGUUUCCGGAAGUUCUAUGUCAAGCCCUUUCAAAAAUUCAAAUAUUAUAUCCAGUACUCAAAAGGAAUACGCAUUCACCAAACCAACAAAAUCAAAUCCUGCGCCUCCUUUAAUAAAUACGAAAAACAAGAAACAUACAAAAUUAACAAAAGGACAAACGCAAAAUAAACUUAUAAGUUUCUUCAAUGAUGCCGGAAUCAUGUCAGAUCUCGAGGAUCACUGCUACCUGCUUAACAAUGAUCCACCAGCAACAAAGGAAAUAUUAUCAGAAUUAUUAUAUUCCGGGCAGUUUGAGACCGAGGAAAUCAUAGAUUUAUGGAAAGAACAUAUUCAAGUUACUGAAAAUCUUCAAGUUGCAAUUAACAACAUUAAGAUAUCAAAAGAUGAUGGAAAUUACAGUAGCUUGAAUCAAAUGUCCUUAGUGCGGAUUUUGUUGCAAGUUCCACCACUACAAACUGCUAUGAUUAAUUGUUUACUACAACAUUUACUCAAUUCAAUUUUACUUGCUGAUUCUGCAGAUGAUGUUCCUUGGGCUAAUUUGUUACUACAACAAUUUCGGUUUUUAGAGAUGAUAAGUGAUUCAGAAAAUUUAACAAAUAGACUCGAAGAACUAUUAGAAUCAUGUCCGGAGUGGUUUCAACGUGAACUGAUAUUUCUUCUUCCGGACAUUGUUACUGAUGCACAGCACCACACGAUUGCUGAAAUACUGUGUAAAUUAAUGAGUACAAACAAUAGUUUGACUAAUGUUGUUCUUGAAUGUUUAAUUAAUUUAACUCUUGGCAAAGAAUUCAUGGACGAAUUGAGAGAAAAAGUAUUGGACAUGCUCAAGAGUAACUUACACAUGAGUGCGUUUCCUGCCGUUGUAAGUUUUGUUCUUACUGACUGUUCAACAGUAAAUACGUGUAUGAAGACCUUGAACUCUCUUCGUGCACUCGAGAUGCAACAACUUAUUAAAACAAACAUGAAUGAGUGUUUUACAAAUCAAGUAUUGGUCGUCAAUGCUCUAAAGACAAGCAUUGCUGUAUCGAAAGAAGUGGCGAAGACUGCAAUGAUGGUUGUGAAAAACGUAAAAAAAGAUCCUAAACCACUGGAUAUAAUCAUUAUUUUACUGAUCUUUUCUGGUGGAACAGCAAAGAGAAAAAGUGCCGAAUCGAUACUUAAGCAGCAUGUUCGUUCCGGGCUUUAUAGAACCAACUUGUUAAACAUACUAUACAAUGAAUACAAAGAGGUAGCCCGUAAUUUACAGCCCGCAGCAAUAAUAUUGGCGAGUACUCUCUUAAAAGCAGACGAUCCACUUUAUGUAGAAUUCGCCAUAGAAUGGUUUCGUUAUCAGUUCGUCAGUCAAGCAGAUACGCCGUAUAAACAAAGAGAAAUUUUAGAGAAGAUCCUGUUUGUUAUAGGCAACAACAAUCGCACGUCCAAAAACGCCCUUGCAGUCCUUUGCAAGAUGGCACUCAAUGAUGACGAACGAAUUUAUUUACAAGCGCAUUGUAAUCAUUUAAAGAUUUUACUAGAAAUGAUUGACAAUCUUGAUCUUGAAGAAAUUGCUACUUUGAAUGAUUUGUUACACGGCUUGUGCACGAAUUCUUUUUCGGCAUCAAAUGCUUUACAGGACGAUCUAGUUAUGCUAAUGCAAAAGCAAUUGUCUAACGCCAAACCUCUGAUAAAAAGUAAAGGAGUUUUAGGAGCUGUUAUGGCUAUAAAACACUUAGCUGGAAAACCAGAAAACCAAGAAACUGCUGUCGAUAGAUUCAGAAAUGUACUUAUCGGUGUAAAAAAUUGUCCAAGAUCGCAAGCUCUAUUUUAUGAUCAGAUAGCACAAGUCAUUACAAAUACAACAAAUUUUGAUAUCAAUUUCAUCCAAGCGUUUAAAGAAGAAUUCGAACAAGAGCUUAUAAAUAAGUUCAUGAUCAGUCAAGAAGAUUACAAAGGAAACCUCGUACCUCGGUUUGGCUUGAAUGAAGCUGAAAAAGAGCCCGACAUUAAUCUGUUGUCUUUUGGAGAUGGAAAAACCGGAUCAGUUUUACCAGCUUUAUUUCGGGCCGUUCGAAUAUGUAAUCUGUGUUUAAGUGAAGAUGGGAACUUAAAUGAUAUCAAUGCCCUCUUAGGAUGUGCCAUUUUAAUGCCACCGGAUUUAGAAAUCCCUGAAGCAUCUGUACUCGAUCAAAUGAUGUACUGCAUAAAUUGGUUUCGAGAAAUAAUUAGUGGCUUUGUUACACAAACUGACGCCUUGUUGAAGAAGCAAGUCCUGCAACGUCUUGACGAUUUAAUGCGUAUGCAAGGAGAAUUGAAUACUAUGUUGAGGCUUUGUGACGUGAACUAUCAGCCACCGCCGACAUAUUUUCACCGUUUUCCGAUACCGCCGUUUGUUAAAAUUGAGAAGAAGAUUAGUAAACAAGGCAAAAAGGGUAAUUUAGAAAGGACUAAUAUUUUACCGGAAUGGGAAUCCUGGGAAAUAGGUUCUGAAUUAACCAUGAAGAAUCCUAUCUAUUUUCGACGCCUCGACGCGAAGGUCGUCCAUCUUUUGGACAUGAAGAUGGAUUUACAUUUAUCUCAAGUGUCGCUGGAAAAUCGACAGAAUAUUUCCAUAGCUCAAGUAUGCUUUAUCGUAAAGGAACUCUCAGGAAUGUUGGAAGCUGAUUCAACGGAGACGUUUAUGCGAGAUCUAGUUCAUCUGUUACCAAAGAUUUGCAGUAAACUACAACACAUAGUCUCGGAACUUCGAGUCACACAAGACGCUCAAAACAGAGAAGCUGUGCGAUUAAUUGCUCGUUUGUUGACAACAAUCUUCAAAUGGAAAGGGUUUGAAAGUACAAUGUAUAAUGCAAUGCUACGCGAGGCACUAAGAACAAUAGCAAGUCAGAUGGAUGAAUCGAAAGCACAGUUACGUUCUAGCAAAGAGCUUGUUGCGGAAUCAUUUAAAUAUUGCGAAUCACUGGUUGAUAUCGCUACGCAAAUAUCGGUAGCACUUGCACUUGUCCAUUUAUGUCAAUCUCUAAUGAAACAUUCUGAAACCUUCACACAACAGCAUAAAGAUAAACUAGCAAACAUGGCAUUUGGAUUUCUAAAUCUUGAAUGGCCUGAAGAAAAACAUACUACUUCUAGUUACAAAAUUGCUGUCAAUGGGUUAUUAAACUGUUGGAUCGACUAUGAGCCAAAUCUAUUAGCUACAGUAACGAAGUUACUAGAAUGGCUACCGGAAGAAAUCGAAAAACUGGAAAAACCGCAGGAUAGUUUGAAAACACUGCCAACGGUAAACAGAAAUAAUUUUCAUCUAUUGUUCAAAAAGAUAUUCGAUGGAUUAAUCAAAGGUGUAAAAGCAGCAUUGCUAACGGCAAAAACCGAUCCGCAAAGAAUAAAAAUAUGGCAGACAGCUUCGGAGAAUUUACGAAAAAUAAUCGACAUUUGCAAAACUCUGAAAACCAGGUCUAAUUUGCUAUUGUACCUUAAAUACAUUCCGAUAUUGCUCAAACUAUUCAUUAGUUCUGGUAUCCCGAUCCUUGAAUACAAUUUAAAAUAUCAAACAGAGGAAAUUAAGGGAAUAUUAAAAUCGAUACAAGGGGGUACAAAAUACUUAAACACAGUCUGUUGCCAUAGUAGGGAACAAAAGGAUACAGCAUUAACAAAACACAUACCGGCUGCUAAAUCACUAGCAGAACAGUUACUCUUCCGUGUAAAAGGGAUGCUAGUUCUAAACAAUAGUUCAGGUGCUUUUUGGAUGGGCAACUUAGUUAAUAAGAACUUGGAUGGUUGUGAGAUACUAUCACAGAGCGAAUCUUCCGAAGAACCAACGAGAGCAACUGAUUUAUCAACAGAAGACACUAGUGAAAAUAUGUCAUCCGAAAUUCUAGGCAGUGAAUCUGAAAGUGAUAUCCACGAAGGAUUAGAUUCCGAUUAAAAUUACCGCCUAUACAUAAAUAAAUCGAAAUAGAAACAUAAAAGAUACUGUCGUUGCUUUCAGCAUAUUUCUAGAACUCGUAACAUUUUUUAACUUUGGUACAUAAUAGUGUUAUUUCGGUAACAUCCAUGCGAACCAAUAAAAAAUAACUAGAAUCGUGAUAUUAUCUAA